AUACGAAGAAUGAGAGAUUCUUGGUAAAGCUGUAGACUACUGGAAGAAUUCAACUCAUAUCACACAAAAGAGAAGCUAGAAAGACAAGUGAAGGCUCGUACCUAGGAACCACCACUCAUAGGAUGGAUCAAAAUGAACGUGGAUGCGACUAUGAUGAAAGGCGAAGGAACUGGCUUCGGGGUGGCGGUUCGCGACGAGAACGAGGACUUCCUGCUCGAUGCAGUCCAUCGGGAAAGGACCAUUUGUCCACCGGAGCUGGCAGAAAUCAAGACGAUUGCAUUCGGCCUCCAACAAGCAGAGAUGCACGACUUCCAUUCCGUUAUCGCCGAGACGGAUUGUGAGGUCGCAUUUCUCGCUUUGCAGAGGAUGAGCAAACAAGAGUGGAAGUCAAACCGAUUCUUCGAGACUAAAAUAGGAGGCGGAGAUUUCGGGAUCACUAUUGUGGCAUUUUGCCAAACGAGAGUGUAAUGGAGCCGCACAUGUGAUGGCCCAUAUAAGUAGGAAACCCAGGAGUUUUGAUUUUUAUAGACCACUGAUUUUUCUCCUUUCCUGUUUGAAUAAGAAACCCAUAAUGCA